AUGAUGCGUACUGCUGCUUUUGUUGCUCUCGCAGCAUAUCUGACCAUCUCAGAGGUGCGGGGCACCAGUGCCGCCGAUGUCCAAGACCACAAAGCUUCUUCCUAUCCUAGUUUUGCGCAUGGCGUUGGAAAUGAACAGAUGCAACAGCAUAUUGAAGAGGCAGAAUCCAAAAGACCCGCUAGAGGUUUCCGUGCUCCUUGGGUUCUUACUCUCGUCGUUGCAGGACUUGGCGCCGGUUUGCUUUUGCUGGUGAAAUCCGUGCUUAGUCAUACCCGUUCCGGGAAGAAGGCUAGUCAGGGUGAAUGGGAAGUGCUCGAGGAGGCAAAAACUGGUGGUGAUCAGCGUGGAGGUGAGGCAGAAGAGGAAGAACCUUCUGACGUUUGGCAGACUGCAGAGGGCUUCGAAGGAGCUGACCAAAUGGCUCUUAAAGGCGACGAUUACGAAUUUUGGGAAGGUCGAAUGAAAGAUCUCUUGAAAGGGAAAGCCCCCCCAGAUGGGUUGUGGCCUUUCGAACCUCCAUAUUCCCCUGUUACUAUUGGAGUAGAAGAAACGCUUUCGCGGAUCGAUAGGAUGCAGAGACUUGCCCAGUGGGUGAGGGAGGGAUUCGAAUCAGGGACUGUGACUGAUAGUGCUGGCGGAAUCCUCGGCCAUCGCGUGCGUGAGGCCCGAGCUGUUCAGCAGCAGAACAAGAAUGUACAAUUUGAUUCGUCUGUUCCUGAGGAGCUGGCUGAGAAGUUUCGGGAUUGUGUUGGACUUCUUGAGAAGAUUGUUGAAUUUUUCGUUGUGUAUUACAGGGGUGGUUGA